UCUUUUUUCCCAUUCACCAAAGACCCCAUUACUGACAGCAGAUGGGGUGAAUAACAAGUUAAAGCACACAAACCUUGAGAAUCAUGGGACUAGCAGCGCCCUCUGCUGGCAAAGUGACAGAAUGAAUCCCCCUAAAACAACCUUAGAUGCGCUCAGAGUUGGGUGAGGAAGAAAAGUCACCUUCUCUAUUUCCCCUUACAUUUUUGGUCAUAAUGGAGUGUUUUGGGUGUCAAUUAAUGAGAAUAAAUAAAUGAAGUUAACAUCUAAGUGAAAGCAUCCAUCCGCGUCAAAGCUCUGAGAAACAGAUUUUUUGCACCUCUGGGCGCUCACGGUCACACCUUCUCCUGCCAGCGGUGCGUGCAGCGCCCUCCAGGCUCCACGUGACCACUCCACGCGACGGCAGUGGAAUAGAUGCAUGAGUAAAUAAACGAGCAGCUCUGACUGUCACCAACUCCUUAAAUAUGAGACUUGGUGGCGUUUAAUUAGACAAAAUGCAGGCUUCUGGAUUGGGCAUGCUCAUUGUGAGGUGAGAGAGGAGCGGGACCCGGUGAGGAGAACAGGCAGUUCGGGCGUUUUUUUUUUCUUCUUUUUUAUUGUGGAGGCUUGACGCCCUCUCACGUUUUUGAUCGUGUAGCAGCCCUGAGAACACGACUGCUCUUCCAUCAGACAGGCUUGGGGGGACAUGUCCCGCUUUGCAUCGACAGGGGGAAAGUCUCCGCGUAAUGUAGCAGUCAUCAGUGGAGACAAAGACCUGCUGCUUCGUGGCAGCGCGUCGUCAAAGCGGAGAGGGAGCGCGCAGAGCGGGGUGUGAAGGAGGCGAGUCUGUAGGCAGCGGGGACCGAAGCGCGCAGCCUCUCCAGGCGCUGUCCACUCAGCACCACGGCAGUCACCUUGCUGUGAAAGUCACAAACCCUCUUGUCUGAUCAGUCGGCGCAAUCUGGUCUGAAGAAUUCGAUGUUAUCACCUCCUGGUUGGGAGGAAGACUGCCAUGCUCCUAUCUCGACAUCUUGGAUCUAGCAGCGGUGUGACGUCUAUUCCCUUCCUUUGGCUCCAGUCGGUUUGGAUUUAGGCUGUUUCACGGUCCCUACAGGUGUUUCAGAUCCUCCAGUUCUGCAGAACAUGCCAGGUGUGAAUGGAGUCUGGCCUGAAACGAAGGAGCUCUGAUUCCUUUCUCAGCUGCUGAGAGACGACAGGGUGCUUUUGUGUGCGUAAUCGUGCGCCUCAGCCUCAUCACUUGUGUGCAUAGUUACAAGGUGCGCCUGUUUACCUUUGCGAUGUGGGGAACCUAUUGGAGAAAUGCCUAAGGGACGCAAUGGGCCUGAGCGACGACAAGGAUCGCAUUGUGAUAAACGUGGGAGGGAUCAGACAUCAGACGUACCGCAGCACCCUGCGCACCCUACCUGGAACCCGCCUGUCCUGGCUGGCCGAGCCUGAUGCGCCCAACCACUUUGACUAUGAUGCCAAGAUUGAGGAGUUUUUCUUCGACCGCCACCCAGGCGUUUUUGCACAUAUCCUUAAUUAUUACAGAACAGGUAAACUGCACUGCCCGGCUGAUGUCUGCGGGCCCCUCUAUGAGGAGGAGCUGGCCUUCUGGGGCAUUGAUGAGACAGACGUGGAGCCAUGCUGCUGGAUGACCUAUCGCCAGCACAGGGAGGCGGAGGAGGCCCUUGAUAGUUUCGGUGGGGGGGGUCUGUUAGACCUGGGGAGCGAUGAUCCAGACCCAGAGCCGGAACACACUGAGGAUGAGGUGGAUGAAAUGACAAGGAGGCUGGCGCAGGGGGACUCCCCCGAUGCCAGGAGUGGGAGCCUGUGGAGCCGCUGGCAGAAGCGCGUUUGGGCUCUGUUUGAGGACCCUUACUCUUCUAAAUAUGCAAGGUGGAUAGCUCUGGCCUCGCUGUUCUUUAUUCUGGUGUCCAUCACCACCUUCUGUCUGGAGACCCACGAAGCUUUCAACCCAAUCGUCAACCGCACAUAUGUGGAACACUUGGACAACAUCACAACAGAGAACACGUACCAGGAGACAGAGACGGCAGCCUACCUCACCUACAUUGAAGGCGUUUGUGUGGUGUGGUUCACUUUUGAAUUUCUAAUGCGAAUAACUUUCUGCCCAAACAAGUUUGAUUUCAUUCGUAACGCGCUGAACAUCAUAGACUUUGUGGCCAUUCUGCCCUUCUACUUGGAAGUGGGCCUCAGUGGGCUGUCCUCCAAGGCAGCUAAGGACGUGCUGGGUUUCCUGAGGGUGGUUCGCUUUGUGCGGAUCCUGCGAAUCUUCAAGCUGACCCGUCACUUUGUGGGACUGCGCGUUCUGGGCCACACACUGAGGGCCAGCACCAACGAAUUCCUUCUCCUCAUCAUCUUCCUUGCUCUCGGUGUCCUGAUCUUUGCCACUAUGAUCUACUAUGCUGAACGGAUUGGCGCUAACCCCAACGACCCUCGAGCUAGCGACCACACACAAUUCAAGAACAUCCCAAUUGGAUUCUGGUGGGCUGUAGUGACCAUGACGACCCUCGGCUAUGGAGACAUGUACCCCAAAACGACAUUUGGCAUGCUGGUUGGAGCUCUGUGCGCCCUGGCAGGUGUGCUUACCAUUGCAAUGCCCGUUCCUGUGAUUGUCAACAACUUUGGAAUGUAUUACUCAUUGGCUAUGGCGAAACAGAAACUACCAAAGAAAAAGAACAGGCACAUCCCUCGGGCCCCCCAACCAGGUUCUCCCAACUACUGUAAAGCAAGCAUCAGCUCCCAGCAUCCAAGUCCCAUUGCCAAUGACGAUGUUUUCGAGAUUAAGUUUCAAGACUCCAAGCUGAAUGGCGAGGCAGCUAAUGCGGCUCUGGCUAAUGAAGACUGUCCCCACAUAGACCAGGCUAUUUCUCCGGAAGAAAUCUUCAGCCCCAGCGAGAGAGAGCGGCCCUGCUUUCUGGUCACCACUGCUGAGCGUCCAAACCACACUGGGGGCAGAGUGAAGAGGGGUUAUGAAAAGCCUUGGAGCCUUAACAGCAUGUCUGGCAUGAGCGGGGAUGCCUCUGGAGUGUCCUCAGUGUCCGCCCUGCCCUGCAGCCCACCCUGUCUAAUGCAGCACUCACAUUCUCCCAUCCCAUCCAUUAUGUAGCAUGGUUGAGUAGCAGACACAAUGCCAUUGGAAGGCCAGUCCACACUUCUUUCUUAUCUUUCCUGUCAGAUUUUGCUUUGACACUUGCCUUCGCUCCUGCUUUCUUUUUUUCCAUUUUUGCUUUAUUAUUUUUCUGGAAAACUGUAUUCUUAUUGUGCUUAUACUCAAGCUUCCCAAGUGUUCUCCUUGGGUGUGUCAUCCUAUCCUAGAGUAGAAGACAUUGGCACAUGCCACUCUGCAUGGGUCACCUCAGUUACAGACAAAGCACUGGUGAACUGCAGGUUUACUCCAUUAUUCUUCCUGUGUUUACAUCAUUGCCUGUUGCUCUGUUGCUUUUGAUCUCUUCUAUUUCUCUGCUAAAAACUUUUAUACCAUAUGCUUUUUGAUUUUUGUGAGAAGAAAAAUGGCAGAAAGCAACCCCUACUAACAGUAUGCUGGACAUGAAUUAUAAAUGCUUUUAAACAUAUGUCUAAAAAGCUGUUAAGGCAACUGCUAAGUGCUUUGUAAUUUGCAAAGCAGAGAUGUUUUGAUUGAAAAAAAAAAGCAUUCCAGAGAAGACUCACUGUUAGCUGACAGGCCAUUACAAAAAUAUUUAGCAAAAUCUGAUGCAAAAUGGAGAUGAUGACCAUUUCUAUGCCACCAGUGAUGAAAACAGAUAAUGUGAACGGACGCAAAACUGUUUGUAUGUUCUACAUAAAAAAAUAUGGUCAACUAUAGAAAUGAGCAGAUGUGCAGCACCUGUAAGGAAAAAAAAAAGUUUUUUUUUUUUUUGUAAAAGCCUUGUCAUAAUUAUGCAUUUUGAGACAGCUUUAAAAAUAGAAAAAUGAAAAAAGAGACUCAGUCAUAGCAGAAAGGUUUGAUGUAGCGGCCAUUUUUUUGCCUUCGCCCAAACUCAUGCAUUAUUAAUCUUUUAUUUAUUUGAUGGGGAUUUCCUUUUAAGAUUAGCACAAGUUAACUUGAAAAAUCAGUUUUAAAGCCAACCUAUGUGGUUAUGAGCACAAAUAGAUCUCUUUCCAUCAUUAGCCAUGGGUUUUUAGACAGUAUUAAAAGGCUGCCGCAACUGUCACUGCCAUGACGCUAAAUUGAUGAAGGACAAAAUAGUUAUAAAUCAAUGGUGCCUUCAUACCUGGUGAGGCAAAGAAAAAAAUUGAUGGAAAGAUUACUUAAGUGUAGCAUCAUUACAUCUAAAUAUCUUUAUUAUAGCAGUGUUGGAAAAGCUUUAUUUUAUGAAGGGGUGCUUUGUAACUUUUUCCACCAGCAAUCAGAAUAAGGAAACCUUUUUUAUUCCCCUGCAGGGUGACAUAGCAUUAAAGAAUAACAGGCAAAAAGAAGAAAAAAGAACAAUAAAAACAGAUUAAUGGCCCAAUUUUUGUAUAAAAAGCACAAACUACAAAGGGGGAAAAAGGCAACUUGAUAGAGCCAACACAAAUCAAGUUAGGACUAACCAGAUGUCACAGUGACUAUAUUUCUGUAUGUAUGUCCAUUGGUUCAAAGCAGCAACAGCCUAUUGUCACUUGUACUGAUACUGUCCCAUUUAUUAUGCACAAGUUUUUCAGGGCACUUUAUCAAAAUUUAUGUAGACUAAUCAGAGGUGUUGAUUUGUAGAAGAUGAUGUAGUAUAGCAAUUCCAGCAACUCAUCCAAGUUUUGUUUUACUCUGAAUGAGCAGUUUUACAUUUCUAGUCAUGUCUGUUGUGGUAAUUAAUGGACGUUAUUUAAAAAAAAAAAGUUAAAAUUAUAAUAUUAGUGUGACGUUUUGAUGUAAAGAAAUACAGGUGAAUUAAAUGGUAAUGCAAUUUAAAGGGGGGAGGAACAAUAGCACAGUGUCUAAUGUAAGUCUACUUUGAGAAAGGUAAUUGCAUGUAUUGUACUUUUAUGCAAGAGAAAAGUAUUCAACUAAAACAUGUAAAUACAAAGUCAUUGCAUGAAAUAAAUUUUUUACACAAUGA